AAAUUGUUGUCAUCUUUGACUCAAGCCAAACCGCGAAGAAAAGUUUUCGUUUGUUUUCCCUUUUAAAAAUCAUUGACCCUUUUAUUCUCAAAAAAAAAAAAAUAAUAAAUAAAAAUCACUGACCCUUUUUCUGCAGCGUGGAGAAUCAAUGGGGAAUUGCUGUUCUUUGUGUGGAUCCAACACUGCUGACGCUAACUCUACCACCACUUCUUCCAGCAUCUCCUCACUUUCUUCUUCUUCUUCCACUCCAGGGAUCUCGGAAUGUAACACUUCAUCUUGGGUCACAAGCAGAACCUCUGGCUAUAGCCAGCUUUCAGGAGCAAUAAAGACACCAAAUGGCAAAAGCAGUAGUGGUGGCUAUAGCCAGUUCACGAGCGUGAGGACUGGAGACAGCGAUAUAUGUGUGAAAGGAGAAAUUUUUCCUGUGUCGAAUUUGAAGAUUUAUAGUUUUGGUGAUAUGAAGGCUGCCACGAAUAAAUUCAGGCAGGAUACGAUCUUGGGGUCGGGAGGUUUUGGAACAGUGUAUAAGGGGUGGGUCAAUGGAAAGACGCUUGCACCAUCUAAAUAUGCCAAUCGGAUGUGCGUUGCUAUCAAGAAAUUGAGCCCCGAUGGUUCGCAAGGGUUUGAGCAGUGGCAGUCAGAAGUGAACUUCUUGGGAAAGCUUUCGCAUCCUAAUGUGGUUAAGCUGAUAGGGUAUUGCCAGGAAGAUGAAGAACUUCUACUUGUCUAUGAAUUUAUGCAGAAGGGAAGCUUGGAUAACCAUCUUUUCAGAAGAGGUGAUGCCAUUCAAUGGGACUUGCGGCUUAAAAUUGCUAUAGGAGCAGCACGGGGCCUAGCUUUUUUGCAUACUUCAGAAAGGCAAGUUAUCUAUAGGGAUAUGAAGACCUCCAACAUUCUUCUUGAUGGGAAUUACAAUGCAAAAAUGUCGGAUUUUGGGUUAGCUAGACUAGGGCCUUCAGGUGAGAAUUCACACGUUACAACUCGAGUGAUGGGCACAAUGGGUCAUGCUGCACCCGAAUACGUGACAACAGGCCAUCUAUCUGUGAAAAGUGAUGUGUAUGGCUUUGGUGUCAUCCUGCUUGAGAUAUUGACCGGCUUGCGAACAAUUGUCCCUAGCCGACCUAGUAACCAACAUUUUUUGGCGAAAUGGGUGAAAUCCAUGGACCUCUCUCAGAAAGGGAAGUUGAAGUCUAUAAUGGAUCCUAAAAUGGAAGGCCAAUAUUGUACAAAGGCAGCGUUGCAGGUUGCUCAGCUUGCUUUGAGAUGCCUGGAAAAUGAGCCUUGCAAACGGCCUUCCAUGAAUGAAGUUGUGCAAAUUUUGGAAGAAAUUGAAGCCAUGGGAAACCAACAUACUUAAAAAAGCAGUUCAUUUGUGAGACAUUCUUUGUUUAUUUUAUUUCUCUAUUUUUUAUUUUUUUUUUCAAAUUCUUGUUUUUCAAAUGUACAAGUAAUUCUUUUUAUUUAUUUCUAAACAAUAAAGAUUUUUUUUGGAUAAUAGUUUAACUUGUCCAAGCCACCAUGGCAUUGGAGCUGGACUGAGAAGAUGACAUCUAUAUGAUUGUUUCAUAUUUUUGUUGUAA